CCAGUGGCUUAAGUAUGAAGUAUGAGGUAUGAGUAUCAGUUGUCAGAAUGAAAGUCUUUCUUGCCUUGGUUGUCUUGCUGGCCCUUGCUCCCUUUUCCUCUGCUGUAUUUGCCAAGAUCAGAGAUGAUUGCAUGAAACAAACUGGUGUCACAGACGAUCUCCUCAAAGCGUAUCCUCAUAGUUACUUUACCAAAUGCUUCUACCGUUGCGAAUUGCAAAAACUGGAUAUAUUAGCUAAUGGCGUACUCGAACCCUUCAAUGUGUCCGCAUUAAACUUAACACGUGAUGAUAUCAACAGAUUGGAACCCUUGAUAAAGCCCUGUCUAAGGAUAACGAAUAAUGAAUUAUGUGAGCUCGGCUUUUUGAUAUUCCAGUGCUUAAAGCAAUACAUCGAUUUAGAUACAAUUUUUAAGUCGCGCUAAAAGAAACUAUGUAUUCGAUAUGAUUUUUCCGUUCUAAAUAAAACCGAAGCUAAUUUUAAGGUCUGUGAAAAGGUAAAGCCGUGCCAGAAAAUCACGAAUCACAACAAAUGUGAUUUGCUGCCAAAAAUCUUUCAAAGAUCUUUCAGUUUUCUUUUCCAAACUCCCAUUAAA